AUGUUGGUACCGCGACUUCUCAUACCUACCCUCUUAUUUUCAAUAGCCGAAGCCGUCGAUGAGACGGUUAAUGUUGGCUAUUCUAUAUAUAAAGGACAAGCUCUGCCAAAUGGCGUAAGCCAAUGGCUAGGAAUUCGAUAUGCAGCACCGCCGCUGGGUGAGCUGCGAUUUGCGCCGCCACAGGAUCCUCCCCAUACAGAAGGCAUACAAGAUGCCACACAGCACGGUAAAUAUUGUCUUGGGACUGGUCGGUCACCUACAGAUACGGAUACAUCGGAGGACUGUUUAUUUUUAGACGUGCAAGCUCCGACUCAAGCUACAGUCGGUUCAAAACUCCCAGUCUUCCUCUACAUCCAGGGCGGUGGCUUCAGUCUCAAUUCGAACCCCAACACAAACGCGUCAGGUCUGAUUAUAAACAGCGGCUACGGCAUCGUGGUGGUGAGCCUCAACUAUCGCGUUGGUCCAUACGGAUUCAUGACGGACAGCGAUAAAAUACUUCCUAACAAUGGCCUCCGUGACCAGCAAAAAGUCUUGGACUGGGUGCAGAAGCAUAUUUCUCGAUUUGGCGGCAAUCCAAAUCACGUUACUCUUGGUGGAAGCAGUGCCGGGGCAGCCAGUGUCACAUAUCAUCUAACCGCCAACAACGGCACCGACCGAGGACAAUUUCAUGCCGCUAUUGCUGAGUCUCCUUCCUUUGCUACAACUCUUACAGUGACUCAGUCUCAAUACAUGUACACCCAAUUUGCAACUCGCGUGGGCUGCGUCGGCAAGGACAGCCUCACUUGUAUGCGAAACAAGACAGCGGUGGAACUUCAAACAAGCAACUUCAAUAUUCCUUUGCCAGGUGCUUCCAAGCCACCCAACUAUAUGUGGUUGCCUGUGCUCGACCACGAAUUUGUACAGGAUUUCCCAUAUCGAACAUUUCAAAAAGGAAAGUUCAUCAAAGUUCCCACUAUCUAUGGCGACGAUACCAACGGAGGGACCAAGUUCGCUCCUAAGGAUACAGCCACUAUCCAACAAAGUAAUAGUUAUGUAUUGGACCAGUAUCCUGAGCUCACAUUGAAUAUGCUCGGGCAAAUUAACGAGCUGUACUCUAAUCCAAACAACAGCUGCCCUGCUAUCGGCUGCUAUUGGAGACAUGCUAGCAAUGUGUAUCAAGAGGCCCGUUACAUGUGUCCUGGCAUGUAUGUUAGCUCGGUUGUCGCGAAGCAUGGGCAAAACGCUUGGGUAUAUCGAUGGAACGUCGAGGAUCCUGAGCAGAUGGCCUCUGGGCUGGGCGUUCCCCAUACUGUCGAGCUGGCUGCUCUGUGGGGGGCCAACUAUUUCCCCGACGCGCCGGCGAGCUACCUCGAUGGCCAGAUCAAUGCCAAUGCCUCGUCCGCUAUACAACACUACUGGUUGAAUUUCAUCAAAUAUUACAACCCCAACGGGCGGCCUAUCGAUUCCACCAGCAAAUAUACCAAGUGGGAAGCGUGGGGAGACAAGGCACAAAAUCGUCUGACGUUUCAAACUGGGGGCCUGACGGAAAUGAUCCGCGUUGACUCGGAAUUGAAGCGGCGGUGUGAAUUCUGGUCUACGAAUGGUGUCGCAUUGACUAUGUAA